AUGCUUCCAACCAGCGCCGCGGAUGACACCGCGGAGAUACAUACCAUAGCGAACCUCUCUCCUGUAUCUCCUGCACCUCUCACGACCACCACGGUCUCGGCACUCCCAGUACUGCAAAGUCAAGCCGACUCGCUUGACGACGCAGGCGCAGCGCAAGCACAUGAAAUCGCGUCCAUGAGACACAUGUCCACCCUCAGUGCCUUCGCUACUAUGACAGAAGACGGCGAUUCAGCGACAAAUGGCGACGACACCGGCCUUGACGACGACUUGUACGGCGAGUCAGAACAAGAAGGAGGUGCGAAAGUCGAGACGGCGACUUCAAUCGACCAAGCUGUCACGGAAAUUGACGACGAAUAUGCGAAAACGUUUGACUCCCCGCUGCCCGGAGAAGAAGAGGAGGAGCAGCCGCAGAAUGGUGAUGGAGACAAGAAUCGCGAAUCAGGCAAUGGGGGCAAUGGCAAUCACACAGCCGAGACAGCCACAGUCUCCGGGGCUACCCAACCUAUACAUGUAUCGUCGUCGCUUGCCAGUUCGAGUGUACCAGACACUCUGAUGAAGACGGCCCAACCUUUUGGUGCCAGUUCAACAGCUGCUACUGCUACUGCUGCUACCGCGCAAGCUUCUUCUUCCGCUACUGCCUUGUCGUCUACUGACAUCCUGAUGACCCAUCUGAACGAAUCAUCCAACCUUGACUCUGAAGUAUCUGCCACGGCUGUCGAGCCGAGUAGCUCCUCUCCCACCACGAACAACGCCGGCCAACAAAUGGCCUUGGGCCCUGCUCCUGUUGAAAAGCCCAAGUCUUCCAGUCCUCUUCCGGUCGUCGCAUCUAGCCACCUCGCCACGCCUCAAGCUAGUCACAAUGCCUUUGAGACGUCCAGCCUUCCUCAAGCGCCCAUUCAGCUGCCUACCGCACCCACUAGUAGCACCCAAACGCUACCCCCUGCAUCUGCGGACCUUCCCUCGCGCCCACCUGUGGACAUGAAUCGUAUUCACCUCGACACGGCUAGACCUUCAGGCAACCAGGCAAGCAUCAAAGUAGGACAGUCGGUAAAUGCAGCGCCUGGCACUGUGCCGUCGUCUCUGCCGGCCGCCAUUCCUGGCCAAAUGGCCCCGCCUCCUCCGGGAAUGACCGAAACGAUGGCCGCACUCGGCCCUCCCCCAGGGCCCACGAAUCCGUCACUACCGCAACCGCCCUCGGGUACCACGGCGUCUUCUUCGACUGGCGCAGCUAUGUCCUACCCCGGCGCCCCUCCUAGCAGUAGUAGCAGUAAACCCAACCAGGCCCCAAGCUACCACCAGCAAUGGGAUCUUUAUGUCGCGGACGAGAUGCGAUACAUAGCCGAGCAAAAGUGGGAUAGAUUCCCCGAGGGCUCUCGAGUCUUCAUAGGAAAUUUGUCGUCGGAUAAAGUCUCGAAGCGCGACGUCUUCAACUUAUUCCAUCGAUAUGGCCGUCUCGCCCAGAUUUCGCUCAAAUCCGCUUUCGGGUUCGUGCAAUACCACACGCUAGAGGAGGCCCAGUCUGCUGUUGAGCACCUGCAAGGGAUCGAGGUUAAGGGCCGCAAGAUUCAUCUUGAAUUUUCCCGAGCGCAAAAGAAGAAAGAGCCCAAGGAGGAGCGGGUGAGAUCGCCGGAUUCUUCCGGCCCGCGCGGCCGGGACCGGGAGUCUGGCCACCACCACCGAGGAGGACGGUUUGACGGCGGUCCUCCCGGACGACGAAGUCGAGAUGAGCCAAGACACGGCCAUGGACGACAUGGCAGUGAUUAUCGAUCGCACCAUCGCGACGACUCCUAUGGAAGGGACCGACAGCAUCACGAGAGCUAUCGAUCUCGAGAUCGUUCGUUUUCUCCCCGGGGUCGUGGUAGGGACUGGUCCGAGAGAGACUCUUACCGACAUCGUAGCCGAAGCCCGUACGGAGCGUCACGUCAUAAGGAUGACGGCCGCACGUAUGGCCACGAGGCUCCGGCGGCAUCUUCUUCUCCCGAUGUUCAGUUGCUUCUCCUCCAGGAGGUUGAUCCCAACUUUGUGAAUUGGGUCCGCGGAGCCUUCAUCGAAAGGGGAUUGCGAACCGACGUAAUGAUUGUCAACCCGGCGUAUCACAUUAAGAAAGACGUCAUUAGCCGUCUGGUUGUGGAUGGAGUUUGCGGUAUCGUCGAGCUUGAUUUCUCGGCGCAGGAGCGGGGUGAGGUGUACCUUCAUCUCUAUGAUCUCUCGCGGGGCCUUAGCAAUGUCAGCUUUAACGAAUACCAAGGUCUGAAGCCGGCCACAGCGGCAGACCUCGUCGUUCGUACCAAGACAAAGCCUGCGCCGCCCGCGUACCACCCUGCACCGGCUCCUUACGGCGCGGCUCCACAGGGCGGUAGCUACUACGGCCAACCUCCGCCGCAUCAUGCAAUCGCACCCCCACCACCGGCAAGAGGCCCCCCGUCAUAUCCUAGCCAGCACGGACCGGUACCCGGCACAUAUCCACCUCCCCAGAGCGGCAGCAGUGGUACCAGCAAUACCCCGAACGGUGGCGUUGAUUUGCAGCAUAUUCUCAGCCAGCUUCAGAAACCCGGAUCAGCGCCUAUUCUACCUCCCGGUGCCAGCGCACCGCAACAACCACCCACCGCCGCGGCUCCAGGAGGCAUCGAUAUCCAGGCGAUUCUAGGAUCACUCAAGGGAGGAGGUCCCUCUGUACCUCCUCAGUCUGCCCCCUCGGCCGGAUAUUCCGCGGGCGGCACCUACUCGACUGGUCCCGAUACUACAGGACCUCAUCUUGGUCAGGGCCCAGGAUUCGGACAAUCAGCUGCUCCACUACCAGCCAGAUCUCCUCCGGAAACCCAGGGAACGGAUGCUCAAGUGAAAAAUAUUAUGGCGCAGCUCGCGCGAUUCCGGCGGUAA